AUACUGUAACGAAGCACUCGAAAUUAUCAGCAGGCUAAAAUGGAUCACCACAACGCGGACAACUGCAAGUGUCACAAGCAGACGCAGCCGGCACAGCAGACGCUCAGCGACAUGGACUUUGAUCGGGGCAUCUGGAAUGCCGCUAUCUAUAACGAAGUGGAACGUGUGAGGGAGUUCAUCAAGAAGGGCCAGUCCAUGGCUCGCGAUGACUGCGACUACACGGCUUUGCACUAUGCGGCCCGCAAUGGCAAUGAGCCAAUCUGCAAGCUACUGCUCGAUGAGGGCAAAGUAGAUGUGAAUGCUGUGACCAAGGCAGGAGCCACCUCCCUGCACCGAGCAGCCAUGAUGGGCCAUUUGGAGAUUGUUAAGCUAUUGGUGGAGCACAAGGCGAAUCUUCUGCUGCAGGACGAGUGCGGGCAGAGUGCCUUGCAUCGGGCUGCGAUGCGUGGCCAUCUGGAGGUGUGUCGCUUUCUGCUGCAGCAGGAACCGGCACUCAAGCUGAUCAAGGAUAACAAGAAUAAAAUUGCAUUUGAAUACAUCAUGGAGAACGCCAACGACGACUUCAAGCUACUGCUGAAACCCUAAAAGGGCUUGUCAUUCCCCUACCGUUCUGCGUAAAUGUAUUUUUUUUUAUAAAUUAAGCACUAAAAUGUUUUCCUUUUAAAACUUUAUUUUGUUUAUUUAGUCUGUCAACACGUUUUCUAUAAAAUUGCACCCGAUAUCGUUGUAAAAUCCUACUUUAAAAUUUGCAUACGUUACUUUGUUCGUUUGCAUUGUGUGUGUGAGAUCGAUUGUAUAUGGAAAAGUAAUCUUAACAUUGGCGUAGUCAAAUAACCUAGUAGAUACAUCAUAUAAAUCAACAUAUAUAUAUAUAUAUAUAUAUAUAUAGACUAUAUACAUACAUAAAAUGUGCAAAUAAUUUAGUUAACUCUGUGCCCGAAAAAGAUGUACACACAGAAGACGCUUUUAAAAGUACGAAAUUUGUGUGGAAAUUCUGAUCUAAAUUUGAAAUACAUUAUAAGAAUGUUAAUAUCACA